UGGGUCUGGCCACAGAGGGGCGGUUCCCUGGAGUUUGGAAGCGCUCGAUGAAUCGGUGAAGAGCUUGAAAACUUCUCGUCUCUUGCUGGUUUUGCUCUUCAGCGCUGACUGAAAGUGAAACAGCCUCCGCAGAAAGAGCCAGCUGGUAUCCAGACAGAGCGUUUCCUGACGCCGCAGCAGUGAACAUGGCCUCCACGGAGCUCGCUCUUCUGAGUGUGUCAGAUAAAACUGGGCUGGUGGAUUUCGCCAAACGCCUGGUUAACGUGGGCCUGUCUCUCGUGGGCUCAGGAGGCACAGCCAAAGCCCUGCGCGAUGCCGGACUGGCUGUCAGGGAUGUGUCUCAGCUGACCGGACAUCCGGAGAUGCUGGGAGGCAGAGUGAAGACCCUGCACCCUGCUGUCCACGGAGGCAUCCUGGCCAGGAAAAGCGCCUCUGACUCUGCAGACAUGGAGAAACUGGGAUACAGCCUGGUCAGAGUGGUGGUUUGCAACCUCUACCCUUUUGUAAAGACAAUCUCAAGCCCAGAUGUGACUGUGGAGGGUGCCGUUGAGCAGAUUGACAUUGGCGGUGUAACUCUGCUGAGAGCAGCAGCUAAGAACCACGCUCGCGUCACCAUUGUGUGCGAUCCGGCUGACUAUUCGCUGGUUGCCAAGGAGAUGGAGAGUUCAGGAGACAAAGAUACGACCCUGGAAACCCGCAGGACUUUGGCCCUAAAAGCCUUCACACAUACAGCGCAGUAUGAUGAGGCCAUAUCUGACUACUUCCGUGGGCAGUACAGUCGCGGAGUGUCCCAGCUGCCCCUCCGUUACGGCAUGAACCCCCACCAAGCCCCGGCCCAGAUCUUCACGCUGCGCUCCGAGCUCCCGCUCAAGGUGGCAAAUGGCUCUCCGGGCUUCAUCAACCUCUGCGACGCUCUGAACGCCUGGCAGCUGGUCAGAGAGCUGAAGGCCGCCCUCGGCGUGGCUGCUGCCACGUCCUUCAAACACGUCAGCCCUGCCGGAGCUGCAGUAGGAGUUCCUCUGAGUGAGGAGGAAGCCAAAGUGUGCAUGGUCCAUGACAUGUUGAAGGAUCUCACCCCUCUGGCCACAGCGUACGCAAGAGCAAGAGGCUCAGACCGAAUGUCUUCUUUUGGGGAUUUUAUUGCUCUGUCGGAUGUUUGUGAUGUCCCUACAGCCAAGAUUAUAUCCAGAGAGGUGUCAGAUGGUAUCAUAGCUCCUGGUUAUGAGGAGGAGGCGCUCAAAAUUCUUUCGAAAAAGAAAAACGGCAACUACUGCGUGCUUCAGAUGGAUCCAGAAUAUGAGCCUGACAGCACCGAGGUGAGGGUGCUGUUUGGCCUCUACCUCAAGCAGAAGAGGAACGGCGCUCUGAUCAACAAGGAGUUCUUCAGGAAUGUUGUUUCCGAGGGUUCGCUGACUGAGGACGCCCUGCGUGACCUCACUGUGGCCACCAUCGCUGUCAAGUACACCCAGUCCAACUCGGUCUGCUACGCUAAAGCUGGACAGGUCAUUGGCAUCGGUGCCGGUCAGCAGUCUCGUAUCCACUGCAUGCGGCUGGCCGGUGACAAGGCGGACAACUGGUGGCUCAGACACCACCCUCGUGUUCUGAGCAUGAAGUUUCGCAGUGGUGUGAAGCGAGCCGAGAUGGCCAACGCCAUCGACCAGUUUGUCAGCGACACCGUUGGCGAGGGCCCAGACCUGGAUAUCUGGAAGUCCAUGUACGAUGAGGUACCGGAGUUUCUGUCGGCUACUGAAAAGAAGAACUGGAUCAGCUCCCUGCAGGCCGUCACUGUCAGCUCUGACGCCUUCUUUCCCUUCAGAGACAACAUAGAUCGAGCCAAACGGAGCGGUGUUGAGUACAUUGCAGCUCCUGCAGGCUCUGCUGCUGAUGAGGUUGUGAUUAAUGCCUGCAAUGAACUGGGGAUCACUCUGGUGCACACCAGCCUGCGACUCUUCCAUCACUAAGCAUUACCAACGUUUCUGAUACUGAGACAUUCCUACUGUUACCAUUGGAGAAGUGUAGAAAUCACUACUGAUUUGUUUUUGUAACAUUAGUUGCGCUCUAAUAUGGGGGAGCAAUAAAGUAGCUGUGAAUGUUGAAUGUAGGUCAUUGAAAUAAACUGCUGAGUAGUAUUGUUUU